AUGAUGUUUGCUGUCGAGGCCUCAGCCAAACACUGCGCCCAAUAUGGGUCGAUAUCCCGCCGGCGAAGGGUGCAAGAUGUGAUGCUAUGCCUGUUAUUGACCGUCGUCAGAUUUAGAGCUGGCGCGCCAUUGGACAGGUCUCGCGAGUACCUCUUCUUGGUAUAUCCAAUUCCUGAUCGGGGCAUGUUCUCUCCGUCACUUGGUGCCUCGAGGGGAGUGCCUGCGCUCUGCAUGAAAACAUAUCGACUCAUUCCUCGACAUCCGGACCUUGCAGCACUCGACGGAUCAACUUACAGCAGUCACGGCUUGGAGCGCGUUGUGGAGCCCGACUUUUUGGCCACAAACGGAACAGAACAUGAACAACAAGCAGACAGCAACGGAGGUGUCGCAUGGAUACAGCGUGUAGAUGGUCUUACCUCGCGACACUCCCUUUCUCCGAACCAUUACUUUGACCCAUUCCUUGUCAUGAAGAUCGAGUGGACAUCGGCUCAGUACCAUCCAGAUGGAACACCUAGACGGAGACCUUUGGCGUCAACUAUGCACGGAUGGCUAACAAAGCUCCGAGGUACCCUGCUGGAUGACGAGAAGACUCGGUGGAAAGGCAUCCAGGAGAUGAAGGAAGCGCGAGCAAUUCGGAAGUGGAAAAAGCAGCGAGAGGCCCAACGUAGAGCAUCUGGCCAUGGACAUCGGAUCGGCCGAUUGUUCUCAAUCUUUGGCAAGAAGAAGAAACCGGUUACUCGACGGCCCACCACCUCUCGUAGCCAAUCUCGCGCGGUCGUCAGGACGAAAACGCAGCAACGGCCGAAUCCCCCGCGGCAUCAUUCUUCUUCUCGAGGACACAUGAGAGGCGGUCAAAGAGGUCGUGGCAGGCCAUCCGCAUCUCGUCAUAACAGUUCGCGCAAUCCCAGAGUCCGACAAUAG